AUCAGCCUCUGCGAAUGCACUGCCAGACCUGCGCCCUGGUGACCAGCUCCGGUCACCUCAUCGGAGGGGGUAGGGGUGAAGAGAUCGAUCGGGCCGAGUGCGUCAUCCGCAUGAAUGACGCACCCACCGCCAGGGGUUACGCCCACGAUGUCGGCCACCGCACCUCCCUGCGUGUCAUCGCUCACUCCAGCAUGCAGAGGGUCCUGCGGAGUCGCCACGAGCUGCUCAACGCCAGCCAGGACACGGUGUUCAUCUUCUGGGGCCCCAGCAGCUACAUGAGGCGCGACGGGAAGGGCCUGGUGUACAACAACCUGCGGCUGAUGAACCAGGUGCUGCCCAAACUCAAGGUCUACAUCAUCUCCUGGCAGAAGAUGCUGCAGUUUGACGACCUCUUCAAGAAGGAGACGGGCAAAGACAGGAGGAUAUCAAACUCGUGGCUGAGCACCGGCUGGUUCACUAUGACCAUCGCCCUGGAGCUGUGCGAUAGGAUCAAUGUCUAUGGCAUGGUUGCCCCUGACUUCUGCAGGGAGCCUCAGCAUCUCUCCGUCCCCUACCACUACUAUGAGCCUCGAGGUCCAGACGAGUGCGCCAUGUACAUUUCCCACGAGCGCGGGCGGCGGGGCAGCCACCACCGCUUCAUCACGGAGAAGCGAGUCUUUGCCAACUGGGCACGGACGUUUGACAUCCACUUCUACCAGCCGGACUGGAGCCCCCCGCCCCUCCCGGCCAACCGGACGCUGAAGGAAACGGCCACGGCGGCACCACUGCUCCCCCAGAAGAGGUGACCGGUGCUGUGGUGAAGACAAACCCUGUUGAAACUCGCAUCAGGACUGAGGACGGGGGCACCGGACCCUUCACAGAGAGGACACAACAUCCAGUCGUUUCCACAGGUGAAGACCAGAGUCUGCUGGACAUUUGUUCUGAACGUUUCUCCAGCUCCAGCACUGAGCUUUGUUUACUGAGACGAACCAAUUCAAAGUUGUACAUCCGUUCUCUGGAAGCCUUGUGAAGUGAGGUCAUACAAGAGGAAACAUCUUCAUGCAGUCCACUCUCAAUGCAUGCAGUGUCUUACUGUGGAUCCUCCCUGUCUUUGUGCAUAUACAUGUGUGUGUGUGUGUGUGUGUGUGUGUUUACCACAGAGGUACAACAGAGGAUACAAGUCUGGUUUAAGCUCACCACAAAGCCUUUAUUGGAUAAAGGCUCUGUGCAGGAUUCACUGCUUACAGCUCACUGAAAGAGAACUACCAUUACAAUGCCCCUAAUCUCACAAUGCAGCGCAGGAGACCCUUGGUGCUGAAUAGUAAUAAUAGAAUGGUUUGGAUUUGGCAGUUUGAGAGAAUGAAUUAUUACUGUUCAGACGCCAUAUUCUCCUGAAGAUUUUCAAAGAUAGAACAGGUCAAGUAGAUGAGACCCUUCAGACUCCCGUGUCAUGCAAGAAGACUCAGACCCCCUCGGAAGGAGGAGGUUUAGAAAUCACCUCCCUGACUUUCAUUUAUUCUGCCGGGAGCUCACGAGAGUGUCGCCCGCAAGUCAAACCUUGCAAAGGAGUAUUUAUGGAUGAAAACGGUGUGUGUGUGUCGGUGUGUGUGUGUAUGUGUGUGUGUGUGUGUGUGUGUGUGUGUGUGUGUGUGUCUCCUCUGGCCCCAUACAUAUGCAUCAUAAGGCUUUGUCAGCUCCUGUCACCAGUUAAUAAUGUGGUUUUAUAUUACUACAAGCUGCAUCUCCAUGUAAAUGCACAGCCAUGCCACACAAGACAAGUGGGAGAUUAAGAUCGAGAGCGGAGAUGCAGCGGCAGCAUCCAUCCUGCUCUAUUCAUCUGCUGCCGCUUCUCCGAGCCUGAAGAAUUACACCGUUUCGAGGAACACUGGGUUUUCUCUUUGUUGUUUUCUCGCAGAACUCAUGAGCAUGUGAUCUGUCACUCUCCUCUCUUGAUUGUGUUGUAUGUGCAGUCUCCUCUCAUUCGGUGGAGUAUAUGCCCCGUGUGCGCCGCCUCUCUCUCUCGCUCGCUCUGAGAUCCUUGAGUUUUCCUCCUCCUCUGCUCUUCCUCCAUGAAUAAGAAUCAGGUGUCGGUCCGACACAGACACUUGUUCUUAAUGAUGCAUACAGGUCCAGAGUCCCUAUUGAUUUUGCCGUCAUCUCUGUAAUGUGAGUAAUGAGGGGACAGGUGCCGAGGGUCACAUACGAACUGUCGGUGCUCGUGUGGAGGUGAGGUCACGAUUGCUUCUCCAUACAUCAGCAGAUGCAGGGGUGGUGCUACCGGACGCCCGCUUUGCAAACACCAGGACGUGCUUUCUGUUUUCCAGAGAGGCGUCGACUCAUCUGUGAAUGGCUGUGUGAAAUUGUGUAUUAGCAAAGAAUCCAAGUGAUAAAAAAAAUAUGCCCAGAGAUCGAGGUUAUAUUUGGAAAUCAUCCCAAAAUAUUAUAUUCAGUGAAACAGAGCCAGAGAAAACUGAAACUGUCUUUCAUGUCUGUACAGUAAAUAUGUAGAAAGAGCUCAUGAUAGAGGAGUUUAGUACCAGUGAUAGAAGAAGUACUCAACAUUUCUCAAGUUUAAGUGCCACAGUAACUUUUAUACUUCAGUAGUAAGUAAGUAAGUACUUGUUUUUACAAAUACUAAAAGCAUUAAAAGUAAAAGUAGUUGCAGAGUGUAGCCCAUGAACGAAUAGAACUGUCUGACUUGAUGGCGGAGGCAGAGUUUAAUUAAACACCAGCUGUGAUUGGAUAAAAAGCCCAAUUCCCCACUUUUAACUGAUGAAUCAAAAAUAUAAAAACUAUGUGAACAUUCAAUGCAUUGUAAAAAUGUAGUGGAGUAGAAAGUACACAUAUAUGCUGAUAUAUGUAGUGGAGUAAAAGCAUCAGAAUGUUAGUACAGAAGUACAGAUACAUGGAAAACGUACUGAAGUAUACCAAUAAAGUAAAUAUACUUCGUUGCAUCACACCAUUGGUAUCAAGCGGAAAUCAAAACGUUGGGCAGUUUGCUGUUUUCCAGUACACGACUUCCCUGUAGAUGUUUUUGUACCGAUGCAACAAACCAGAUAUAGUUUAAACUUUAAGGAGCGUCUCUAGUUUCCAUGCUAAGCUAGGCUAACUGGACACUGAGUCCAGCUACAUAUUUACUGUGCAGACGUAGCAGUGGUGUCUAUCUGAAGAUUCAACAUGAGAGAAAAUACAUUUCCCAAAAUAUAAAACAGUUCCUUUGUUUGUUUGUUUUUUUUUACAACUAAUCAUAUUUAGCUACCGGUCGAUUGUGUUAUCUAAUGUCAUGUCAGCACUUAUGUACUCGUGUUUCUUUUUGCACAUAAUAGAAAAUAUCAU